AUGCCUCACGCCCAUCACAAUAUGGCGUUGAGGCACACCCACGCCCGACGAGAGGUCGUCCCCGCCGCGAGGCUGCCUCUCCUCGUUCCUUCGGAUACCAUCCACCAUGCCCCGUCUCUAGUCGCCCGAGCUCCCGCUGCCGAGAGUACCGGGGAAAAGCCCACCAGCAACAUGACCACGACCGUCUUGCCAGUCGUACUCGGUGCAGGUGUCCCCAUUCUCUGUGCUAUCAUUGUCCUCAUUUUCCUCCACCGUCGUCAUGUCAAGAAGCUCAUGCGUGAAGACGCCAACGACAAGCACAAGUCUCUCGAUUUUGGUAUGGAUAUGGAUGCUGUCCGUGGAGGAAGAAGGAGAAACGCCCCCCCCGGGUCCAAAUGGCAUGCCCCAGAUGAUGGAACCAAGCCACACGAAGGGAGGAAUGUCGAUCGACAUGAUGCACCCUUAUCUCAUGCCCCCGGACUCCAUGGCUCCCAGGAUUCCUUGCACUCGAUGGGUCGGUCAAUCGACGAUGACAAGUAUCGCCCAUCAGCCGUUGGUGCCUUUGCUGCCGCACACCCCGACAAUCGUUCGAUUCGCUCCCAUUCUCGACCCCCUCGUGACGAUUCAUCGAGCUUUGCUGGCUCGACGUCUCGUUUCGGUGCUUCCGAAGAACCCAAGUCUGGUCUGCUGCAGAACGCUCAGCGCAUGUCCCGCUCCUCGCCUCCUCCCGUCUAUAAGAGCCCCUCGCCCGAUUCAUCUACUCGUUCUCAUGCCCAGUCUCCCCAGGACCGUUUCGGCCCCGUGCCUGGUCUUAACCCGACUCCUUCAGAGCAUGAUGACCGUGGCCUGGCCAUUGGAGCGGCUUCUGCCGGUCACUCCCAGGGCCAGGCGCUCCCGUACCCCGACUCGAAUACCGCCAGUCUGAAUUUUGAUACCGACCCUCAUUCUUAUGACACUCAUCAAGAUCGCCCCAACUUCCCUCUGCCAGACACCCACGCAGAGCAUGCCCAGUCCUCGACCGUGCAACUUCCCCGUAUUUCUCUGCCGUCUAGUGACGUGACGAGUGACUAUGGGGAUGACCGACAUGAGCGCAGAUCAUCCCUGAUGAUCCCUGCCGUCAAUGUUCACGGUACCGAGACGCAUGAAGAAACACCAGGAAAGGAUAAUAAGCUACCGGAACUUCCAGAAGAGACACCGCAAACUCUGGACACACAUGAUGCCCACCGGGAUACUCGCCGCUUGACUCUCGGUGUCCGCCCUCUGCCACCAGAGGACCCGGCUGACAACCCCGAGCAGCGUGCCAACCGGAUCCGAUCUUUCUACAAGGAGUACUUUGAUGAAAGCAAGCGGGAGACUACCUACUAUGAAGACUACGGCGCCGAGUACUAUGAUGACGGUGCCUACGCCUACGACCCAGCUACCGGAGACUACUAUGAUACCAGCGCACCUCCACCCAUGCCAUUCGCCCAGCCUAUGGGCCGUCGCGCCAUGACUCCUCCCCCUCGAGCCCCUCCUCGCUUCCAAGGAGCCGCUCGCCAUAUGGCAACCAAUUCGUCCGGCAGCGGAUACGGCGGCGGGUACGGUGGGUACGGCACGCCUCCCCCACGAGCAUUCUCAUCUGCCUCUGGCGCAUUCGGGGCCGGUCCCCGUGCUCCUCGCCGCCCAAUGCCACCCCCAGCCCCUCUGCAAGUGCUCCCGACCCCCCACAUGCUCAAGGACGACAUGUUCGCGCACGAGUUUGCUCCCGCCCACACCAUCAGAGACCGAGCUGCCGGCCGACCCGAGACUCCCACCGGCGGCAUGCGGCCCCUACAGCCCGGGCAUGCCCCGCACAUGCUCCGCAAGUCCGGCACCUUCACAAGUCUGGACUUUGCGCCGCCGCCGCGGUUCAAGAACGAGGGCGGUCCCGCCAGUGACUCAGGUAGUAUCCGCAGUAACCGCACCGGUAUUUCCAAUAUCCAUCAGAACAAUGUGCGCAUGGGUAAUUACCGCGUCAGCAGACUCCCGCCUGACAUGGUUGGCACUAAGGAUGAUCUGAUGGCCACGCUGAAACCGGACUGGGAUAUGACGAGGUAA